AUGAGUCCCCCCCACCGCUCUGAGUUGUCUGAGUUGGUGGCCGUGCAAGGUUUCAGGCUCUCGGUGCCCCACGCGGGACUCCUGGGGCUGCAGCCCACGCCCUCCGGUGGGCUAACCUGCCACGCCGGGGGAGCCCAGCUCCUGUCCGGCCCCAGUCCAGGGAGAAGGCGGGUGGGCCCCCAGUGGAGGCGCGUUCUCCCCGCCCUCUGCCCGGCCCGCUGUCUCUCCAUGGCGUCUUAUCAGCAAUCCCGGAUCCAGGCUUACCUGGAGAAGAACAAGAUCGGUCCCCUGUUUGAGGAAUUAAUGACCAAACUGAUAACUGAGACACCAGACCAGCCAAUCCCAUUUCUCAUUGAGCAUCUUCAGUCUAAACAAGGGAACCGCGGACAGCUUCAGAGAACUUUAUCUGGAUCUGCAGCUCUCUGGGCAGAAAGUGAAACAUCGGAACAUAAAGGAACAAGAAGGGAUUUCAGAAGCUAUGAUAAGCCUUGGCAAUUAAAUGCAAAGAAGCCAAAAAAGUCAAAAAGUGACCUUGCUGUGUCUAAUAUUUCUCCACCAUCACCAGAAUCCAAAUCAUUGCCAAGGUCAGUAGAUCAUCCUAAGUGGAACUGGCGAACUAAACCAGAAAACUGUGAUUUUGAUGAAUUGAACCACAUCCUUCAAGAGAGCCAGAAGCUGGGAAAAGCCCUUGAGAAGCUCUCUCGAAGUAUUGCAAUUUCAGAUGAACUCGAUAAGGAUACAGCGGUGUUUAAUUCUACUCUUCUGAGACCCCGUGUGAUUGGAGAAUGGAUUGGUCGAGAAGAGAAUGAUGCUGAUCCAUUAGCAGCCGAAAUGCUACAGCCUCCAAUUCCAAGAAGUAAAAAUGAACAAUGGGAAAGUGAAGACAGCAGCUCCAGCCCCGCAGGAAGCUUAAAGGUGGAACCCAAGACUAAGGGAUUAAAACAACAGCAACAGCAACAUAAGAAACUGCUGGCAGCCAUGCUCUCCCAAGAUUCCUUUGAGUCUGCUCACAGCCCUCCCCCACCCGCAACAGAAGAAGAUAUUGAUAAUGAAGAUGAUGCAAUGGAAUUGCUGGGUAAUUUUAAAAAUUAA